GCGGGCAACGCGAUCCAGCAGCCGCUGCUCCACCAAAGGCGGUCGCGCUGCUUUGGGAGCGCUUAUGGCCCCAUUCGCGAAGCGCUACCCGUCCGCUUAGCGCUUCAGCGCUGAAUCGUGCGCUUAGUGCCACUUUUUGGAACCUGGUUUUUAGUUGCUGCCUAUUAAAAAUAUUACGCUCAAUCGGCUUUAGGCAGUGCACAGCGUGUGCAUGAGCAGUCAGUUCAGAGUUUUUAGUUGUUUUUUGAAGCAAUGGUCUGAUGCCACACUAGAGCUUGCGAACUUUAACUUUACCAGAUCGAACUGUGUCAGAGUUGAUAGAAAUGAUCUGUGCAUAGGAUCGACUAGUAGUAGAUCUAGACGGGUACAAUCUUUAACUGGUAAACAGCAAGGUACAUAUUCUAUACAAGAUCUAAAAUGGAAACAGUAAGUACAAUUAAAUGGGUCGGGAUUAAUAGGAUUAGACCGUCGAGAGAAGGGGCAGCAGGGGCGGCGGAAGACGAUCCCGAGGCCAUCACGUCGGUGGUGGGGUGGAUCUUCGAGGACGUCGAUGGUGGCGGUGAUGCGGAUGUCGAGGUGGCGCAGAUUCGGGGUCGGUGAGUUUUCCCGUCGCUGGCUGCGCUUCCCUGAUCGGCUAGGGUUUUCUAGGGUUUGUGGAUGUCGGUGGGGAGGAGUGGCAACUGUUCAACUCGUGAACAGUGCCGCCGGCCCCCACCUCUUAUUUAUAGCGCAGUGCGACGGGGGCCCACCAACCAUAUAGGGUUGGGCGCCCCCGAUCAGGGCGCGAGACAAGGCCCAAUAAGGCCGUUGGGCCAUAUUGGUGGGAGAUCAAACCAACAUUCUCCCCCUUGAUCUCACUCUAUUCUUUGUCUGUAUUCUUUCUUUUCAAACUCUUUUACCUUAUUUAUUUCAUCACAAAUUAGUGCAUAGAACUGCGUCAUCAUCACGGUCUAUCGCCGAUAGACUUGACAGCUACGAAUACACUUCUCUGAUCUGAAACAAAUUCUGUUAUUCUUUGGGCCUCUUUGUCCAGGAAUCAUAGGCUUUCCCUUAAACCCAUGCCGGCUACGUGUUCUCUAAACACGCUGGGUGGUAAGCCUUUGGUAAGCGGAUCCGCAAGCAUCUUUUCAGUGCUUAUAUGCUCAAGCUUUAUGACAUGAUCCCGGAUCUUAUCUUUCACAACAUAGUACUUUAUGUCAAUGUGUUUGGCAGCACCACUUGACCUAUUGUUGUGUGCAUAUUCUACUGCUGGAUUAUUAUCGCAGUAUAACUGUAGUGGUUUAGAGAUGUUAUCAACCACUCUCAAACCGGGUAUGAACUUCUUUAACCAGUUCACCUGCCCCGACGCCUCAAAACAUGCUACAAAUUCGGCAUACAUUGUGGACGAUGUAGUGACCGUCUGUAAUUUACUUUUCCACGAUAUGGCUCCAUUUGCGAGAGUAAAUACAUAGCCUGACGUGGACUUUCUGUUAUCUCCCGCAUAAUCUGAAUCUGAAUAUCCUACUAUCUGUAGGGAAUCUGAUCUCUUGUAUGUAAGCAUGAGGCUCUUUGUUCCUUGCAAAUAACGCAAGACCUUCUUUACUAAUUUCCAGUGUUCCACACCUGGAUUACUCUGAAAUCUGCCAAGCAACCCGGUAACAAAAGCUAAGUCAGGGCGAGUACAUACUUGAGCGUACUGUAAACUUCCAACAGCCGAAGCAUAUGGAACUGAUCUCAUCUGGUUGAGCUCAUACUCAUUCUUGGGACACUGAAAAUCCCCAUAUCUGUCGCCCUUGACUAUCGGUGCAGGUGAUGCACUACAUUUGUGCAUAUUGUAUCUCUCUAGAACUUUUUCUAUAUAUGCUUUCUGUGAUAAUCCCAAUACCCCCUUCGUUCUAUCUCGGUGAAUCUCUAUGCCCAAAACAUAUGAUGCUUCACCAAGAUCUUUCAUGUCAAAUUUCGAGGACAAGAAUUUCUUUGUUUCCUGCAGUAGACCGACAUCGCUACUUGCGAGUAGGAUAUCAUCCACAUACAAGAUUAGGAAGAUGUACUUCCCAUUCUUAAACUUUGCAUAAACACAGUUGUCCUCUACAUUCUGUUUAAACCCAAAACUUCUUAUGGUCUCAUCAAACUUCAAAUACCACUGUCUUGAAGCUUGUUUUAAUCCAUAAAUGGAUUUCUUUAGGCGGCAUCCCAUUCGCUCUUUUCCUUCCACGACAAAACCUUUCGGUUGUGCCAUGUAAACAUUUUCCUCCAAAUCCCCAUGUAGGAAAGCCGUCUUAACAUCCAUCUGAUGUAAUUCUAAAUCAUAAUGUGCUACUAGAGCCAUUAUGAUCCUGAAGGAAUCCUUACAUGAGACUGGAGAAAAAGUCUCAUUGUAAUCAAUCCCUUCUCUUUGCGUAAAGCCUUUUGCCACAAGUCGCGCUUUAAAUCUUUCUACGUUCCCUUGGGAGUCAUACUUGGUUUUGUAGACCCAUUUACAGCCUACUGUUUUGGCUCCUUUAGGAAUUUCUUCUAAAUCCCAAACUCCAUUGGAGUUCAUGGAUUUCAUCUCUUCUAUCAUAGCUUCUAGCCACUUCUGUGAGUUGGCGCUUCUCAUGGCCUCAUCAUAUGAGGUGGGAUCACCCUCCAUAUGAAAUUCCUCUGUGUUAAAAACUUCAUAGUCAUCUGGGAUAGCUGACCUUCUGAUUCUUUGAGAUCUUCUCGGUGCCUCCACAGUUGGCACUUGAUCUGGUUGGGGCUGUUGUUGCUCCCCCUCGCCUGUGGCAACUGGUUCUUCUAUGGGCUCCUGAAGGACAGGUUCCUCAUUUUCAUCUGUUGUUGCCACAGGAGAGUGAGCAAUUGUUUCUGGCAUCACAGUGUCGGGCACUGUUGGUGCAUUCACAAUGGGUAAUUCAAAAAAUGGCUCUUGAAUCAUCGGAGUGGGUGCAUACACCCGCUUCUCUUCAAGAUCAAUCUUUCGAGCUACCACGCUCCCCCUGAUCAGCUCAUCCUCUAGAAAUACGGCGUGUCUCGUUUCUACAAACUUUGUAUAUCUGUCUGGACAGUAGAAACGAUAACCCUUUGAUUUUUCUGGGUAGCCAAUGAAAUGGCAACUGACUGUUUUGGGAUCUAGCUUUCCAAUGUUUGGGUUAAAUACUUUAGCCUCAGCUGGGCUCCCCCACACACGCAAGUGGCUUAGCGAGGGAACUCUUCCUGUCCACAACUCAUACGGUGUUUUAGGCACCGAUUUACUGGGAACUCUGUUUAGAAUGUGAAUGGCGGUUUUUAAUGCCUCCAUCCACAAACUUAGUGGUAAUGUAGAGUAACUAAUCAUACUUCGCACCAUAUCCAUCAGGGUACGGUUGCGUCUUUCAGCUACUCCAUUCUGCUGAGGCUCGCCCGGUGUAGAAUACUGGGCUACUAUGCCAUGCUCCUGUAAGAACUUUGCAAAAGGUCCAGGAACUUGGCCAUAAGGGGUGUGCCGACCAUAGUACUCCCCUCCACGGUCGGAUCUGACUAUCUUAAUCUUUAAGUUGUGCUGAUUUUCAACUUCAGCCUUAAAUAUCUUGAACUUAUCUAAUGCCUCUGUUCUUUCUUUAAUUGGAUAAAUAUACCCAAAUCGGGAGUAAUCAUCUGUGAAUGUUAUGAACGAGUCAUAGCCAUCCAUACUUUUCACAGGAAACGGUCCACAGAUGUCCGUGUGGAUUAUUUCUAAAAUCCCAGUGCUUCUUUUGGCAUUCUUUUUAAUUUUCUUUGCAAAUUUUCCUUUAAUGCAGUCUAUGCAUUGAUCUAAUUCUGAGAACUCAAGUGGAGGAAGAAUUUCAUUCUUUACUAAUAUCUCUAUUCUCCCCCUCGAAAUGUGGCCUAAACGACAAUGCCAUAAUUUCGACGAUACAUCUUGAGUUCGCUUUCUUUUUCUAUUCUCACUCUGAGACAAGGACGUGUUUUCUGUAGCAUCACAUACGGAAUUCACUGUUUCACGAAGCGAUAAUAAAUAAAGAUCUUGUUGUUGGAAUGCAACACCAACACAGUCAUUAUUACAAUAAAUCUGGCACUUGCCAUCACCAAAAUGACAAGCAAAAUUAUCAUCGUCCAAACGUGAAACACUAAUCAAAUUUCUCUGAAGCGAAGGAACAUAAAGGACAUCUCUAAGUAAAAGUGUGAAGCCACUAGCAAGCUCCAGGGAGACAUCGCCAACAGCUUCAACAUCUGCUCUGACUCCAUUCGCCACUCUAAUGUGUCUUUCUCUUCUUGUUGUCGUCCUUGUCGAGCUGAACCCCUGUAAAGAAUUAGCAACAUGAACAGUUGCACCUGAGUCAACCCACCAAGUGGAUUUAGAAUAACUUAUAUACAGGGAUUCAUUUACAAAGGUAAUAAUAUUCUCACCACAUGAUCUGAGUUUCAUCUGUAGCCAAUCAGGGCAUCUUUUCUUGUAGUGUCCUUCUUUCUUGCAGUAGAGACAUUGGUUUUGGUUCACUACAAACUGGUUCUGUUGAGGGAGAUGCUGCAUGGUAGGCUGAGACUGGUUCUGGCCCUGGUGCUGGGUGGAAGGCUUGCCCUGUUGCUGCAUAGGGCCCUUUCCCUUGUUCUUUGAAGGAGAAUGGUAAAUCUUUUUCUUGUUGUCCCUCAAAUGGUUGAUUGAACCACCAUUUGAGGCUUUGAUUCUCUCUUCUUCUUGAGCACACAUAGCAAUAGUCUUUUCUAAGUCCCAUGUUUCUGGUUGCAUGUUGUAGUUAACAACAAAGGUUUCAAAUUCUUUUGGCAACGACGCAAAAACCAAAUGAACAAGGAAAGCAUCAGUGAUGGUCAUAAGACAUCUGGAUGGGAGCAAACUCUCUUUCUCUUUUCUGCCAUGCAUCAUCUGUCUCAUCUGUUGCCCGCACAGGUGGCACGGGCUGGACGGGACGCUCUGUGUCAAGGACCCAGUCCACCUCAGCAAAGGUGAAGGCCAUGUCGAUCUUUUUCCUCCACUCAACGUAGUUGUCCCCUUUGAGUGGUGGAAUGGUGUUGAUGAACGUCAUCAACGAGUAAGCUCCGUCGAGAGAAGGGGCAGCAGGGGCGGCGGAAGACGAUCCCGAGGCCAUCACGUCGGUGGUGGGGUGGAUCUUCGAGGACGUCGAUGGUGGCGGUGAUGCGGAUGUCGAGGUGGCGCAGAUUCGGGGUCGGUUCUUUAUCAACUCUGGAACCGGGGAUUUCAUCAGUCUACCUGUGUCAGCGGGCGCACUCUGCAACAUAUAGCUAUACGCUGGAUGACAGGUUACAGGGAGAGCUAGAUGAUUUCAAUGGAGAACAGAAAAAGCAAGAGACAGUCGGUGCGUUUCAGAAAAUACCAAUGGUGAUGCCUGCAACUGAUAUACUAAUGUCAGCACAAAGGAAAUCUAGAAAUGUGCUACCAACAAAGGGUAUAGCAAAUAUAGCUAAGCGUGAAAGGAACAAAGGUGCAAAACAGCUUGAUGCCUUAAUGAAAGAACUUUCUGUACCGCUGAGAACAUACACAGAAAACUUCCCAAAGAGGAGAGAUUUGCAUCCUUAUGAGAGGUCUCUCAUUGAGUUGACUUUUGGGGAGGGUUAUUAUGAGCAGGUUCUAGGACGUGUGGAUGCUCUCAGGAAAAGGAUUACCUCUGUUGGAAAGCAACAUGCUUCAGUCUGUGCUAAGUCAACAACAAAGCGUGAAGCAGAGGAGCGCCUCACCGAGGGCAGAAAGAAACUUGAAGAGUCUUUCCAGCAUGGGAAGCAUGCCAUUGAUGAUUUAGUAAAUGUUGCAAAGGCUUUGCGUUCUAUGCCUGUUGUUGAUCUACAUAUUCCGACACUAUGUCUAGUUGGAUCACCCAAUGUGGGGAAGUCAUCAUUAGUCCGCAUAUUAUCAUCUGGAAAACCUGAGGUCUGCAGCUACCCAUUCACAACAAGAGGGAUUUUAAUGGGUCACAUUGUAUCCAAUCACGAACGUUUUCAGGUUACAGACACUCCAGGACUCCUGACGAGGCAUGAUGAUGACAGAAAUAACAUAGAGAGAUUGACACUUGCUGUUCUUUCAUAUCUACCUAUUGCUGUACUGUAUGUGCACGAUCUAUCUGAAGACUGUGGGACCUCAGUGGCCGAUCAGUACAUCACGUACAAGCAUAUUAAGGACAGAUUCGGUGACCGCCUAUGGCUUGAUGUUAUAUCCAAAUGCGAUCUUUUGGGAAAGAAAGAGCCCAUAAGCUUUAGUGAUGCUGAUGAUGAUGUAGCACAGUACAGAAGAUUGGGGCCAGAAGGCGCCCUCCGAGUUUCUGUGCAGAGCGAAAUCGGCGUCAAAGAGCUAAAGGAAAGAGUGCAUGAGCUACUGACCUCUCAGAUGGCUCGGAUCAAAGCUAGCAAGGCGGAGCAUGAAACACAGGAAAUAGGGACUAGUGUACUGUAGUUUACUGAAGUUUGACAAUGAGCAUUCGAACAUCCAUGCUGGAUGUUUGUGUUAACAUUCCACUAAUGUCGAUGAUAGUAACGCAUUUCAGCCGAGCCAUUUCGAGCAUCCACUAAUUUGGAUGUUUGUGUACACAUUCCACUAAUUCGAACACCCACUAUUCUGUUGUCAUUUUUCCCAUUUGGACCAAGGGUGUUCAAUUGUUGGUAUGAAUGUGUUGCCCAUUUUGUUUCC